GACACUUGUCAGUUGUAACCUGUUUUAUUGAAAAAUUAUAAGCGGCUUAGAAAUUCUUCCUUUACUAUCUCGUAUAACAUUUUAGAUUAUUGUAGGAAAUGUAUUUUAUUAUACAUACAAGUAUUCAUCAUUAUUUAAGACACAUUCCAUAAUUUAAUUUUGCUAAAUUAUCAUAUUGACAUGCUAUGCUACACUGUAAUCCUGAAGCAGUUAAUAAAUAGUCACUAGAAAACCCAUUUUCAUAAUUUGAACCAUGGCUACUAAACACAAAAACAUAUUUACGCGGUCUAAGCCGUUAAUGAAUAUUUACAGUGCAGUCGACAACCAAGGAAAAGAGGUUGAAGUACGUGAAGAUGCAGAACAGUUAGUAAAAUGGCAUGAAAUAUCAGACGCACUUGUGGCUGCUGGUUACUAUAGAGCUCAACUGCAAGGCCUAUCAGCUUUCGAUAAAAUUGUUGGUGGUCUCACUUGGUGUAUUGAAUUAUGCGAUAUUGACAUAGAUAUAAACCUGUUGUUCGAGGAGAACUUGACCAUUGGUAAAAAAAUAGCACUGACAGAGAAAAUUGUAAAAGUAUUGCCUACCAUGAAGUGCCCAUACAUUAUAGAACCUCAUCAAAUUCAAGGCUUAGAUUUUAUAAAUAUAUAUCCAUUGGUACAGUGGUUGAUUAAAUAUUCAAGCGAAUUUCGGGCAGCUAAGGAAGAUGAACUUCGUAAGUUUGCUGUCAUGCAGUAUGAAAAAGAACACAUAUUUGAAUCAGAUAGAGCACAUUACUUGCAGAAAGAAAAAUUAUUAAGAAACCUUUCAAUUGUACAGAAUUUAUAUAAGCCAUGUAGGGUUCGUAAAAGAAAAGGUGGUCUGUCUUCUAACGAACUUGAGCAGGUAAAUGCAGUACUGUCUGAAUAUGAUCAGCGUGUCUUAAUGCAUAUAUCUAAUAGUAAAAAUGAUUCACAGCCUGAUGAAGGAUUAGAAAUAUUGUACGACUAUGAAAAAUCCCUUGCUGAUCCAUCAGAAAUCACUACUGAGACAAACAAGUUUGUAGAUGAGAAACCAGAAAAAGACAAUGCAGAUAGCAAAAUACAUUAUGUAGUUUUACAAUCAGAGCUCACUGGUGAUAUUCCAAAGGAGUUAGAAGAAAGUGAAAAGUUGAAAUACUCAGAAGACAUAGAACAAUUAGCCAAUGUCAUUAACACAAUGGAGAGUGAAGUGGAUGCUGUGAGGACGGAGCAUGAGGAAAGAAUGGACAAAGCUAAGAAAAAAUAUACUAAUGUAGUCAAUAAGUUGCAGAAAAUCACAAGUAAACUAAUGAAAACUGAUGAUUAUAGCGAUAAAAAGGUGAAAGAGUACUAUAGAUCAUUGAAAGAUCUAGCAAGAGAAAGAAAUGAGUUACUGAAGGUUAUACAUCAGAGGGAGCUCGAACAUAAGAAACUAAAUGAAGAGCUAAGAUCUGCUCAAGAGCCUACAGCUGUAGUUGAAGAGGAACCAUUAACACCCGUCGAGCUGAAAGAAUUUAACGAUAGAGAAAAGAAAAUAAAAGACUUUAUAAGUAAAAUUAGAUCUGAACUUGGUCAUCUCAAUCGCCAAGUUUUGAGAUACACUGUGGCUAUUGAUGAGGUUCCAGGCACUGCAGAACUAUUGCAAUAUGAGAAACGUUUUGUUGAAUUAUAUAAUCAAGUUGCGUCAAAACACAAAGAAACAAAGCAGUAUUAUAUAUUUUACAAUACACUCUAUGAAAUUAAGCUUUAUACCUCAAAGGAAUUAAGUUUGCUCAAUUCAAUUUUGGAUAAUUAUGAUGAGGUAAUGUCAUCGCCUAGGAAACGAGAGGAAUUUAUGACGCAGUUUGAGUCUAUCGUUGAUUGGGUGAAUAAGACUGUGCGGAAAGUUGAAGAAAAGUAUAAAAAUGAGAAAGAACAAAAAGCUGCCUUACAUACAGAAUAUUGCAGGCUAAUGGAUGUACAGAGACAAUAUGCAGCUGCCCUGAAGAAGCUUGCCUCUGAAAGACAUAGAUUCGGCUCUGAAGAACACUGAGAAGUUUUUACGACUGUAAUAUUUAUUGUGCAAUGAUUAAAUAUAUUAUUUCUUUAUUAAAUAGUUUAUAGAAAUUUUGUUUACAGUCAGUCUAUCACAUGCUUUCAAUCACUUUUUUCUAGUCAUAUCACAUGCCUAGCAUGAUGUGGGACUUACAAAUAAAUCUUUCAUAGAUUUAAACUUCUAAACGAAAAUUAUUGUUAUGAUUGAAGUUUUAACAAUGGUAUAAAAUAUAGUUUAUGAUAACCGAUUAUGAUUCUUGGAGAAAAUAUUUAAUAUAUUACUUUAAUUAACAGCCAUUAGCAUCGUUAAUUUGCAACUUAAAUAGUUCGAACUUUCCAUAGUUCUUUUAACAAAAAUACAACGAAAUUUUAGUACGUAACGUUAAGUCUUAAUAUUACGUAAUCGUAGUUAUGGUCGUAUUUUGAGUUUAAUAAAGAAUAUAAUAUGCUGGCAAAGGAUAAUACUGGGAAUUUAUUAAUUUUAUUUAAAAAAUAAUUGUUUUGAGACCGGCACUUUCUUGUUAUUCUUUAAGGGUGGGUAUAUGUUUAAUAUUUACACAUUCCUGUUGAUAUUGUUAAAUGUAUUUAAUUUUUGUAAUUAAGAUUUUAAUUGUGUAUGUGUCGAAAUGAUUGAUUCGAAAGCAACUCGAAAAUAUUGAUUAUAAUCGCUAGUAUAGGUAAUAAAUAUAUCAAUUAUCAACCUUACUCUAAUCUAUAUUAAUUGCAUCUAUCUAAUUCUAUAUUAUCUUUAUACCAAUUUUUCAUUUUUAUUUAGAUCCCUACAUAUUAUAUUAAAUGUAAAUUACUACCAACAAUAAGUUCUCAUUAAAUAUAUAAAGAACAACAUAACCCCAAUGUAAUAUAAAGACUGAUUGAUGUUUUUUGUACAUGUGCAAUUGUGUUCACUUUUUAAACGAAUAAAACUGCAGUUUC